AUGCACACAGACGUCAUGACGGCAUGCAUGGUGCAGCCCAUCCCCGUGCUCGACCUGCUGGGACAUCUCCUCAACCGCAACCCGCCCAACCGCCCCGAUGCUGAAAGGAUCCGGUACUGCCUCACUGCCUCUCUGCCUGUCCGCCUCUCUGCCUGUCCGCCACUCUGCCUGUCCGCCUCUCUGCCUGUCCGCCUCUCUGCCUGUCCGCCUCUCUGCCUGUCCGCCUCUCCGCCUGUCCGCCUCUCUGCCUGUCCGCCUCUCUGCCUGUCCGCCUCUCUGCCUCUGAAGGGCAUUCUGCGAAACCUGAGGGUGGAGGGAAGGCCUAGUGGGCAGAAGCACAAGGUGUAUGACCUCACACGCGAGGGGGCUGCUGACCUCAGGUUCAACAACCGGCGCAACAACGAUGAGAGCCAGAGCGUGGAAGAGUAUUACCAGCGGCAACACAAUAUCACCCUGCGCUUCCCCCACCUGCCCUGCAUUUCUGCGUCCAACCGGCCGAACAGGCCCUGCUGGGUGCCCCUGGAGCUCUGCAGCGUGGUGGACGCACAGAGGUACCUGCGCCAGCUCACACCGCAGCAGGUGGCAGCCAUUGGCAAUCUGCGCCUCAAACCCGACAAGCGCCGCAACGACAUCGCCAAUCUACAGUUCGGCGAGAGGGGCACGGGCACCAUGCAGCCUCGGGACGGGCAGUGGAACAUGAAUGACAAGCGCAUGUUUGCACCCACCAAGAUCGACUCGUGGGCAGUGGUGUGCUUCGACCACCGUGUGAGGGACCCCAUGCAGGUGGCGAUUACCCUCAAGGACUGCUGCGCGCGCAAGGGGCUGGCUCGACUCAGACAUUUUGAAGAGUCAAGCCACCACUUCGAGCUUAUGCCGAUGCUUGCUCCCUCCCUCCCUCCCUCCUUCCCUCCCUCCCUCCCUCCCUCCCUCCCUCCCCACCCUCCCUCCCUCCUUCCCUCCCCACCCUCCCUCCCUCCCUCCCCUCCCUCCCUCCCUCCCUCCCUCCCUCCCUCCCUCCCUCCCUCCCUCCCCUCCCUCACUCCCUCCCUCCCUCCCUCCCUCCCUCCCUCCCUCCCUCCCUCCCUCCCUCCCUCCCUCCCUCCCUCCCUCCCUUUCUACCCUCCCUCCCUCCCUUUCCACCCUCCCUCCCUCCCUCCCCUCCCUCCCUCCCUCCCUCCCUCCCUUCCUCCCUCCUUCCCUCCCUCCCUCCCUCCCUCCCUUCCUCCCUCCCUCCCUCCCUCCCUCCCUCCCUCCCUCCCUCCCUCCCUCCCUCCCUCCCCUCCCUCCCUCCCUCCCUCCCUCCCUCCCUCCCUCCCUCCCUCCCUCCCUUCCUCCCUCCCUCCCUCCCUCCCUCCCUCCCUCCCUCCCUCCCUCCCCACCCUCCCUCCCUCCCUCCCUUUCCACCCUCCCUCCCUCCCUCCCCUCCCUCCCUCCCUCCCUCCCCUCCCUCCCUCCCUCCCUCCCCUCCCUCCCUCCCUCCCUUCCUCCCUCCCUCCCUCCCUCCCCUCCCUCCCUCCCUCCCUCCCUCCUCCCUCCCUCCCUCCCUCCCUCCCUCCCUCCCUCCCUCCCUCCCUCCCUCCCUCCCUCCCUCCCUCCCUCCCUCCCUCCCUCCCUCCCUCCCUCCCUCCCUCCCUUCCUUCCUUCCUUCAGAUGAUCAAUAACCCCCCCCCUGAGCCGAUUAGGGAGGACCCGCGGUCAGCACCGCCUGAGAAGCUGGUGCAGAAGCAGUUUGAUACAGUCAUAGGCGUGCCCACGCAGUGCAUUGUACAGCCACCGCUGCCCAAGGGCUUUAACGACCAGUACCUCACGAACGUGGCACUCAAGAUGAACAUGAAGGUCGCACCUGGGAUUAAACCUGAGGAUAAGCCCAAGCUGCCCGAGCACAAGCAAGGGGUGAACUGGGUUCUCACGGAGACCAACAGGGGCGCCAUGCGCGCCAUCAAUCAGAUGGCCACCAUGGUCUUUGGCCUUGAUUUCUCCCACGGUGCCCCGAGCAGCCGCGCUCCCUCCAUCGCUGCUGUGGUUGCGUCCACUGAUUUCAACGCCAGCAGUUACGCCGUGCGUGUGCGAGUGCGCUCACACAUCCUCCCAACCCCUCCCAACCCCUCCCAACCGUCUCCGUACCCCCCACCACACCAGGUGGUUGCAUCCACGGAUCCUAACGCCAGCAGGUACACCGUGGUGGCAUCCACGGAUCCCAACGCCAGCAGGUACACCAUGCGCGUGCGCUCACAGCACAGGAGGCAGGAGACUAUUCUUGGCCUCUUUGAUCCGGAAAAGGCCACUGGCGGCAUGCUUUGGUGCCAUUCAUGCAUCCCACCCUCCCUUUGCCCUCCUUUCGCCCUCCUCUCGCCCUCCUCUCGCCCUCUCUCCUUCCGCCUUCUUUUCAUCCUUCCCUCACCCUCCUCGCGCCCCCACAUCCUGCUCAUCUCACCCUCCUCGCGCCCCCACAUCCUGCUCAUCUCACCCUCCUCUCGCCCCCACAUCCUGCUCAUCUCACCCUCCUCGCGCCCCCACAUCCUGCUCAUCUCACCCUCCUCCCGCCCCCACAUCCUGCUCAUCUCACCCUCCUCCCGCCCCCACAUCCUGCUCAUCUCACCCUCCUCCCGCCCCCACAUCCUGCUCAUCUCACCCUCCUCCCGCCCCCACAUCCUGCUCAUCUCACCCUCCUCGCGCCCCCACAUCCUGCUCAUCUCACCCUCCUCUCGCCCCCACAUCCUGCUCAUCUCACCCUCCUCGCGCUCCCACAUCCUGCUCAUCUCACCCUCCUCCCGCCCCCACAUCCUGCUCAUCUCACCCUCCUCCCGCCCCCACAUCCUGCUCAUCUCACCCUCCUCCCGCCCCCACAUCCUGCUCAUCUCACCCUCCUCUCGCCCCCACAUCCUGCUCAUCUCACCCUCCUCCCGCCCCCACAUCCUGCUCAUCUCACCCUCCUCCCGCCCCCACAUCCUGCUCAUCUCACCCUCCUCUCGCCCCCACAUCCUGCUCAUCUCACCCUCCUCCCGCCCCCACAUCCUGCUCAUCUCACCCUCCUCGCGCCCCCACAGCCUGCUCAUCUCACCCUCCUUGCGCCCCCACAUCCUGCUCAUCUCACCCUCCUCCCGCCCCCACAUCCUGCUCAUCUCACCCUCCUCCCGCCCCCACAUCCUGCUCUCUACCUCUUUCUUUGUGUGUGCAUCCAACACGUUGCAGGACGGCAUCAGCGAGUCGCAGUUUCCAACAAUGGGCGCAGCAGAGCUGCAGGCGUUCCGCAAGGCAUUUGAGUUCGUGGGCAAGAAAAUGGGCGAAUUUUCCAUCCGCCCCUCCAUCAGCUCCAUCGUGGCACAGAAGCGCAAAAACGUGUGCUUACUCCUCAUUCCUCCCCGCCCCCUAUCCCUUCCCCUUUCCUUGCUAGGCAUUCGAGUGGAUAAGCAGGAAGAAGACAAUCUCUUUCCGCCCCUCGGUCACGCAUUCGAGUGGAUAAGCAGGAAAAGGAAGAUCUCCUUCCGCCCUCCCAUCACAUACAUCGUGGCGCAGAAGCGUAACAACAUGCGCUUCCUGCCGUCCCAGGGCGACCACAACGUGCAGCCGGGGACCAUCGUGGAUAAGGAUGUGACGCACCCUUUCUUCUUUGACUUCUAUAUGGUGUCGCACAAGGGCCUGCUGGGCACCAGUAGGCCAGUGCACUACCACGUGCUGCAUGAUGAGAAUGGGUUUACUGCGGACGAGAUUCAGCACCUCACACACUCCCUCUGCUACAGCUACGGGAGGUGCACUCGAGCCGUAUCCACUG